AUGGAUUUUCGAUUUAAUUUUUCUGUUGAUGAAAAUGAGAACAAUGAACCAGACACUCAUGAUAAGAUGGACUUGCAGCUGCACUCUCCAAAAAACGAGCAGGAAUCUACAGAAAAGAGCAAGCAAACUGCUGAUGCCGUAGCAGACUCCAGCCCAAGGCGGGGAACUGAUAAGCACCAAAACGAGACACCAUCAAAGACAAAGUUCUGCUUUAAAGCUGCCAAGGAGCACGAUAUACCAGAAGAUCUCAACAAAGUAUUGGAAAAUAAAGUUAUGGAGACAGUAUCAGACCUGUGUUACAUAAACAUGUCCGUAGUGGAAAUGAUGUGUUUGGAUGGCGCUGACAGAGAAGGCAUUGUGUCUAAAAGCGUUUCUUCUCACUCUGAUCUCAUCUCAGGAGUCUAUGAGGGAGGGCUGAAAAUCUGGGAAUGCACUUUUGAUCUCAUAGACUACUUUUGCGAGGCUGAAAUACAGUUUACCAGCAAGACUGUAUUGGAUCUUGGCUGUGGGGCUGGACUGCUGGGAAUAGUUGCUUUAAGGGGUAAAGCUGAAAAAGUCCAUUUUCAGGACUACAACAGCACAGUGAUUAAUGAAAUAACCUUGCCUAAUGUGGUGGCUAACUGUAUAAAUGAAGGCAGUAGAAUGGGCAGUGGAGGUGGCAGAAAAACUAGCAAGCCUCCUUUGAAGAGGCCCAAGAAAGCAGAGUGCUUGCCUGAUAUGCUCAUGAAAUGCAGAUUUUUUUCUGGAGAGUGGUCUGCAGUCAGCCAGCUCCUUUUAAGCAGCAACAAACCCUUUUCAAAAUAUGAUAUAAUUCUCACAUCUGAGACCAUCUAUAAUCCUGACUACUACAGUGCUUUGCAUGAUACGCUGGCUCAGCUCUUGGAUAAAAAUGGCCGAGUGUAUUUGGCAAGCAAAGCACAUUAUUUUGGGGUUGGCGGUGGUAUCCAUCUCUUUGAGAAAUUCAUUGAAGACAGAAACGUGUUCAGGACCAGCAUAGUUAAAAUAAUUGAUAAAGGACUGCAGCGAUAUAUUAUGGAAAUGGCCUUUAAAAAUUCCAGUUAAAAUGUAACCGCUGGUC